CAAUUGACUACACUGUGAUCAAGUUUAUUUAAUGAUGAUAACGAAAACUUCUAAUCACUCACCCUCUACAAAUGACUCUGUGCUGUAUUUCGGCCAUUGCAGGCGCCAGCUGCGACGUGACCCCCGUGCUGAACCUCUUGUAGGAGAACGGGUUCCCUAUGUGGUGGUUUACGGACACCCAGGCCAGCGUUUGAUUGAGCUCGUGCGGUCGCCUCUUGAGCUGCUGUCUGGGCAGCUACGCCUCAACGCCCACUACUACGUGGCACGUGUCAUUGGUCCUGCUCUCAACCGUGUCCUUCGCCUGCUUGGUGCUGAUUGCCUUCAGUGGUAUGAGGAGCUUCCAAGGCCUCGCUUUGUGUCUACCCCUCGUCCAGGCACAAUGGCUGCCUACGUGGUGGUGAACCAGCUGUGCCUGGCUUGCGGCGGACAAGCAGAGUCGCGGCAGCUGUGUGCCUUCGUGCGAGGCUGACCCCGGCUAUGCAGCGCUCAUCCUCGGUGGCAAGGUGCAGCGCGUUCAGAAGGCACUGCUCGAGCUGCAGACGGUGUGCCACAGUUGCAUGGGCUUCCAGGCCGGCAGCGUCUGCUUGUCGGUCGACUGUCCCGUCCUCUUCAAGACGUCGCGCGUCACGACCGAGGCCCAACAGGCCAUCGAGUGGAACCGAGCCCGAAACAGUGUCCCUGCUUCAUCGUCCUAGCCGUGUCGGCCUCUUCUGGCUGAUCCUGCCUUUCAAUACGUAUGCACCAUAGCCCGGCAGCUGAAUUGAUCUUUCCCACUCACAGUAUUAAAAUGUCCCAGCGGGGAUGAUUCGACGUUACAUGGACGUGUGUGGUGCCGUAGCCAUGAGCUGCAGUUCACAUCAUGUCUGGCGCUGGUGUCCCCGAUAAAUAUGCCAGAAACCUCACUUUGUCGGGACGGACAAUCCAGUGUUGACAAGGCUAGUGAUUUUGCUCCUAGGUUGCUGUUUAGCGAAGAUUUUUGCCAGAAUAACUGUGUUCAUCGCAAGUUUUCCACUGCAAGUGUGAGUGCUGCAAGCAUGGCCAUGCUUUGCCUUGGUGAAUUUGAAGGAAGUCAACUGUGUCGCCUCUCGCAGGUGCGGUUCCUUGUGGGAGUUAGUCAUUGCAGAAGAGUGGACCACAGGAACUGUACAACUGAAUUUUUGCAGCUAGGUGAACUUUUCAAUCGUGCGUGUUUUUUUGUGCUCUGUGCUUCAUUUUCAGGAAGCCACAUGAUCAUGAGGACUUUUUUUUGUUCGUUUGUGCUGCUGCUUUUUCAGUUUUUCUUUCGCCAAGCAGACCAAGUUCGCAGGCCCACACAUCUGCUUGGCAUUGGUGCUGCAGUAAGCACUUGAUCGAUGCUCCAGAUUUAUAUUCUGUGAUCCUGGUGGAGGAGGAUGAUCAUCAGUCAUGGUGGCAGGGAGCCACAUCAACAUCUGCAAGGGAUGCAACAUAGUCAUAUGUCCGUUUGUGUGUUGUUUGUUUAUUUCUGUUGGAAACUGUGUAUGUUGAGUUCAUCGGGUGAGCGGUGGGUGUCUAGGUUGUGUGCCCUCUCUUAUGCCAUGUGCGAGGAGCCAAGCGGCUCCUUUCAUGCCUGUGUUUGCAUUUCUGUACAUAUAAUGAUUGUCAGCUCUCUCAUUGUGUUUAAUUAAAAUGAAAAAAAAUCUAUUUCACAAA